AUGACAUACCCGAUAAAGUCAGCAACUUCUGCUGACAUCUCAUAUCCUAAAAAUACCCCUUUGGUGGGCCUGUCCAAGCCGCCAUGCCUUUACCAACACACGUCUUCCUCCGUUGAUUCAUUCUCGUCAACGUUUAGUGAUGAUGACCGUUCAGACCUCGUUGCUGUACCCAACGAAUCGCCGCAUGCAUUUUCGUAUAACCCCAUAUCUCCAAACUCAUUGGGAGUGAGGCUGACCAUACUAAGAAGGUCCUUGGAAAUAAUGGUCAAGAGUCCCGACAUUUUACAAGAGUUAAAGAAAAAGUCUCCCGUAAUAGCAUACCCUACCUCGCUUAAGCAUACAAGAAACUUAACCGAGGCCACCGCACUGCCGGAUUACCGAGAACCAUCUAAAUGGCCCUCUGUUGUUCCAGCGGUGUCCAAUAUCUCAUCCGCCUCCAAAAGACCUGCGGUUCAAAGAGCUGCCUCAUUGAUGGUGCUAACAGAUAACGCUGCUACCAACAAGCUGAAUCCAGAAAAGUCAGAAUUGGAGAAUUUAUUGUUUUUGUUGAAUCUAGCACUGGAAAAUAACUCGUUUGAAAGGGCUUCCGAUUUACACAUGUUGUCGUUAUUAAACAUCAACAAGCUGAGCUUUGAUUCGGAUAUUCAAAAAUCAGAAACUCUGAAAAAAGCUUUACUAGAUAGUUUAGCUGAACCGUUUUUUGAAAACUAUAAGAAAUUUCCUCAUAAAGACUCUGGUGUAAGUUCACAAUCUAACCAACAUCGGGAACACCAAGACGAUAUAGUUUCUUUAGCAGAUAUCAAGCCACAACAAGAUUAUAGCCGCAUACUUCAUCCCUUCACAUCUGCGAAAAAUUCUGGCCCUGAAGCCGUUUUCACCUGUUCUCAACAAUAUCCUUGGAACUUCAAGGCUGCCAACGAUUUGGCAUGUUUAACAUUCGGUAUAUCGAAAAACGUCAUCAAGGCACUCACAUUACUUGACCUAAUUCAUACGGAUAGUAGGAAAUUUGUUCUAGAGAAAAUUAUGAAUGCAGAAGAAGAAAAUCAAGAAAUCGUAUUUACCGGUGAAACCAUACCUAUUGUUCAGCCAAACUCAACAAGUGAUAACAAAUUACCAAACUUGAUUUGGGCAUCGUUGUGGGCCAAGCGGAAAAACGGUUUACUGGUCUGUGUAUUCGAAAAGACACCUUGUGACUAUAUUGAUGUUAUGCUAAACCUUACGGAUUUUUCAGUGGAUAGUAUUGUUGAUAUAACGGGGUUUUUAAAGAACUUUAAUGAACAGCAACAGCAAGAAUCAUCUUCCCCAACGUCCACAAAAAAAACAGUGAAAUUUGCAAAUGAAAUUCAUGACAUCAGAUCAAUAAGUCAUUCAUUGGGUAAACUGAUCGAUGAUGUACGUUUCGGGAGAGUAUUUUCCGCAGAUGAUGACUUAUUACCAUUACCUAUCAGAGUGGCAAACCAUAUCAAUGAAGAAAGAUAUUUCACAUUAAAUCAUUUAUCAGAAAAUAUACCGUGCGCUGUAACAACUUCUGUAUUGGAAAAUGAAAUCAAGUUAAAGAUCCAUAGUUUACCUUAUCAAGCUGGUUUAUUUGUUGUUGACAGUCACACUUUUAAUCUUUUAAGCUUUAAUAAUUCAGUUGCUAAAAACAUGUUUGGCCUACGGCUUCAUGAACUGGUCGGUAGACCAAUUAUUAAAUUGGUUCCCUCCUUAGCAAAUAUGAUAUUAUAUUCCAAUAAAACGUAUCCCAGUUUAAACAUAAACUUGCCAGAAAAUAAAGGCUUGGUGUUAACUGAACAUUUCUUUAGAAAAAUUGAAGCUGAAAUGCACCAUAAUAUUGACUCAUUCUAUACCUCAAUUGGUAUAGAUGGCUGCCAUAAAGAUGGUAAUUUAAUAAAGGUAGAUAUCCAAUUACGUGUAUUGAACACGAAUAUUAUACUGCUAUGGAUCACCCAUUCGAGAGACGUAGUUAUUGAGAAUUACACUACCGUUCCUUCACAGCUACCGAUGUUAAAGGAAAAUGAAAUUGAUAUUGUCGGUAGUAGAGGUAGUUCGAACGCAUCGUCCAAGAAGUCUUCAGAAAAGAUUCCAGUGGACCUUUUGAGGACAAUGACUAAUCUAUCGAUUAGCUCUUCUGAAACGAUUUCCAAUUCCGACGACGAGGUAGAUUUAAAUCAAGUGAAUAAAAAACUACGGGAGACCCCUAGUGGUAAUGUAAGGAAUACCGAACUUAAUGAAAACAACAAUAACGACGAUGAUAUGACCAUGGUUGAUGAUCCUGAAUUAAAGCAUAAGAUUGAACUAACGAAAAUGUACACACAAGACAAAUCAAAAUUUGUAAAAGACGACAAUUUUAAAGUCGAUGAAAAGUUAAUAAUGAGUAUAAUUGAACCGAUAAAUGGGGAGGAAAUCAAAGAAGAAACAAGUGCACUGCUUAAAGAAGGACCCAAAUCAAGGGCGACAAAUGCUACUGCUACGUAUUUGACCGUUCCAGAAAGCAAUAUUGGCUCACAAAAGCGCAUAAAGAAAUUUUCUGAUUUUACCAUUUUACAAGCCAUGGGCGAAGGUGCUUACGGCAAAGUCAAUUUAUGUAUCCAUAAUAAGGAGCAUUACAUUGUGGUUAUCAAAAUGAUCUUCAAAGAGAGGAUUCUGGUGGACACAUGGGUAAGAGAUAGAAAAUUAGGUACUAUACCAUCCGAGAUUCAAAUUAUGGCUACACUGAAUAAAAAUCCACAAGAAAAUAUCUUGAGAUUAUUAGAUUUUUUCGAAGAUGACGAUUACUACUACAUUGAAACCCCAGUUCAUGGAGAGACUGGUAGUAUUGACUUAUUUGACGUUAUUGAAUUUAAGAAAGAUAUGGUAGAACAUGAAGCUAAGUUGGUGUUCAAACAGGUUGUUUCUAGUAUAAAGCACUUGCACGAUCAAGGUAUUGUUCACAGAGACAUUAAGGAUGAAAACGUUAUUGUGGAUUCACAUGGUUUCGUGAAAUUAAUUGACUUUGGGUCAGCCGCCUAUACUAAAAGCGGGCCAUUCGAUGUCUUUGUUGGGACUAUGGACUAUGCUGCGCCUGAAGUCCUUGGCGGUUCAUCCUAUAAGGGUAAACCGCAAGACAUUUGGGCACUCGGGGUACUACUCUAUACUAUUAUCUACAAGGAGAACCCAUAUUACAACAUUGACGAAAUUUUGGAAGGGGAAUUAAGAUUUGAUAAUGCGGAAAACGUGAGUGAUGAUUGCAUCAACUUGAUAAAAGGAAUUCUGACGAGAGAAGUUGAUAAGAGGCCUACUAUUGACGAUAUAUAUCAAGACAAAUGGCUUAAAAUUUAG